AUGCGCUCUACAAUAGUAACCUUAAAAAUGUUUGUAAAACGUACACUUGUGAAAUUUACAAGUGCAGUUGAUAUACGUCCAUUGGAUAAACUUAUAACAUCAAAGUACGUUAAUUUACCACAACCGAAAAAUAAAUUCUUACAAACAUAUAUUUGGAUUGAUGGUACUGGUGAACAACUGCGUUCAAAAACUAAAACUGUAUCAGAACAAACCAAUUCAGUUAAAGAUGUAUCAUGGUGGUCAUACGAUGGUUCAUCAACUGGACAAGCUGAAGGUGAAAAUUCAGAUAUUUAUUUAAAACCCGUAGCAAUUUAUCGUGAUCCAUUUAUCUUGAUGGGCGGAGUUAGUGAUAAUCCAGAAACAAAUCAGAAUAAAUUGGUUUUAUGUGAAACAUUGGAUACAGAUAUGAAACCAUUAAAAACAAAUUGGCGUUCGGAUUGUGAAAAAACACUAAAAUCUGUUGCUGAUCAAAAACCAACAUUUGGCUUUGAACAAGAAUAUACAUUGCUAGAUCGUGAUGGAUGGCCAUUUGGAUGGCCGAAAAUGGCAUUUCCCGGAAGCCAAGGUCCCUAUUACUGUAGCGUUGGUGCAUGUCAAGCUUACGCACGAGAUUUAGUUGAUAGUCAUUAUCGCGCAUGCCUCUAUGCCGGUCUGGAUAUUGCCGGUAUAAAUGCUGAAGUUAUGCCAUCAUCAUGGGAAUAUCAAAUUGGCCCGACGAUUGGUAUUGACGCUGCGGAUCAGUUAUGGAUUAGUCGUUAUAUUCUACAUCGAAUUGGUGAAGAAUAUGGUAUACAAAUUAGUCUCGAUCCAAAACCAGUUGAGGUUGGUGAUUGGAAUGGCGCUGGAUGCCAUGUUAAUUUUAAUGUAGAAGAGAUGAAGAAGAAGGGCGAAGGUUUAAAAGCUAUAGAGAAAGCUAUUGAAAAAUUAUCAAAACGUCAGCGUACACAUAUGCGUCAUUAUGAUCCAGCAUUUGGCAAAGAUAAUAAACGUCGUCUGACCGGUGAACAUGAAACUGCAUCGUACAAGGAAUUUUCAUCGGAUACAGCUUCACGUGCAGUUAGUAUACGUAUACCGCGACAAGUAGCUGAUAAUCAAUGUGGAUAUUUCGAAGAUCGUCGUCCAGCUGCAAAUUGUGAUCCAUAUCAAGUUACAAAUAUUCUAGUUAAAACUGUUUGUUUAAAUGAAACAGGCGAUGAUGACGAUGGUAAAGAUAAUAAACACGGAAAAAAAUAA